AUGGCCGGCCCCGACGCGGAGAAACGCGCCAACCUGGUGGUCUCGAGAAUCAUCCCGCCCGUGUUACUCGGCAUCGUCGUUUACGCCAGUUACGCCAUCACAAAACCUUUAUGCAUUGAUUAUCUCCUUCUUCCGUUACCCUCCUAUAAUCGCACUCCUCGGGUCGGCGCAGGCGCCGCCAUCCUGGUUUUAUUUUACCUCCUCUUAAUCAUCCUCAUAGCGACAUACCUUCGCCUACUGUACACUGUCAUCGAACACCCGGGUCUCAUUCCUGUCGGUCCGGAGCGCGCGCAGAGUGAGAAAGCAGAGGACUCGGAGAAGUCAGACAAGCGGCGCCGGCGCCGGCGCUCAAGAAAGCCGCGCGACGCGGAGAAGGUUGAUGCGCCUGAAGACUUAGAACAGGGAGUUCACCACAAUGGCGAUGCGACAGCUUCUGAUUCACAUUCAUUUGGCUUAGAGAGCUUCUAUACCAAGGAUGUCUUUGUCUGCCAGGAGGAUGGACGCCCGCCUUAUUGCUCUACUUGUUGCCAAUUCAAGGCCGACCGAUCGCACCAUUGCCGUGAGCUUGAUCGUUGUGUUCGCAAAAUGGAUCACUUUUGUCCUUGGGUUGGAGGUGUGGUGUCGGAAACAUCCUUCAAGUUCUUCAUUCAAUUCGUCUUUUAUACAGCUACAUUCUGUAAUUUUGCACUUGUAGUUUCUGUAUAUUUUACAGCUGAGAUUAAGCGCAAUACUGGCAGCGUUAACGCGCAUUGGUGCGUUUGCAUCGGAUUGAGUGGCCUUUUCGGUCUCUUUACCGCCGGAAUGACAUUGAGUUCUCUCCAACUCGCCUCACUCAAUCUCACAACCAUCGAGAAUCUUAGCCGUCGAUCCGUGGUAUGGACAUUGGCCAUCCGCGUCCCUGAACAUCUAUUGGCCCAACUAUUCGUCACGAACUCGCCCUGGGCACCCACCUUUCGCAUGGUAACAUAUCCUCAAGAGUCAUCUACCCCAGCACGAGUACAAACAACUGAGCACGCCGUCGCUGAGCGUCACGUUUUUGCUAUCCUCCACACCCAACCCGGCGAGAACCCAUUCAGCCUUGACAGCCCUUUCAAGAACAUACAGCAAGUGAUGGGCCACAACAUGAUUGAUUGGUUCCUCCCGCUCAAACAAAGCCCAUGUGCCGACCAUAGCGGCCAAGAAAGCGCCUUCGCCCUAGGCCCGGUGGUUACACGAUUGAAACAGGAGGCCGGAUUACUGCCUCCGCCCGAGAAUGGCCUCGAACGACAGAAUUCCAAAUAUAGUCGCAGAGGCAAUAAACAUAGACCUUGA